AUGGAUCCCAGCUAUGAUCCGACUAAAGAAACGGUUUCUCUACUCCUUAGGUCUGGUGUAGCAAAAGCUAAGCUGUCAUGGACCGACUUGCUCCUGAAGUCGUUUCUUGCUGGUGCCUUUCUUUCCUUCGGUGCCCUUUUCAGCCUACUUGUUGCUGGAGGGGCUUCAUCUCUACGCGCAGCCAACCCGUCUCUCGUUACGCUUAUCUCAAGCUUUACCUUCCCAACGGGCUUCGUUAUUCUCGUAUUUGUCAAUACUGAGUUGUUUACCGCCAAUGUCUUUGUGUUAAUCUUGACCACAUUUGCACGGAAGACCAGUCUCUGGGAUCUAUUGCAAAAUCUCGUCUUAUCGUAUGUCAUGAAUCUGGCUGGCUGUCUGUUCGUGGCUGGUUUUUUAUGCUGGUGGACAGAUACCCUGAACACCAACGCGCUUCAAAGCUUUGCAGUCACUCAAGCAGAGGCUCGGGUCAACGCGCAGUGGUCCGCGAAUUUUCUCCGAGGUGUUGGUUGUAACUGGCUUGUGGGCUUGGCAAUUUUCCUUUCCAUCUCAGCACAAGACAAGGUCUCCAAGAUUUACGCAAUUUGGAUUCCCAUUUGGACAUUUGUGGCCUUGGGUUACCAGCACUGCAUUGCUAACUUCUUCCUGGUCCCAGUUGGAAUGUUUUAUGGCACAAACUUUGGGGUUGGAAAAUUCAUUUAUCAGAGUGUGAUUCCCGUUACCCUAGGCGACAUAGUUGGCGGCGCUGUUCUGGACGGAUUCUUUAUCUGGUUACUAUACGGCAAAAAGAUUAUCAAAAGGAACCUCGAUGAAUGUUCUUCUAGUAGCCGCAACGGCCUACCGUCUUAA